GAAGUACCAUUGACUGUUUAUUAUUUCAAAACCAGUCUUGUCCUUCUUCUCAGACCACCUAGACAACUUUUGUUUUUUUUUUGUCCAUACAGCAGUUGAACAUUUGUACCUUAUAUGGUGGUCAGUAGGUCAAUAUCUGCAUCAUUUUAAACAAACAUUCAUUUGAAACCUCAACUCUUUCAGUGAUUUUCUCCCACAGAAUAAGGUGUACAAGUUCAAAAAAUCAGAAGUCAGAAGAAUCCACAUGGAGAAGCAAAAGAAUGAGGAGGAGAGGGAGGAGGAGAAGCUUCCCCUGAAAGAUUUCGAACAAAAACUUCUGCGGAACUGGCCAAAGGCUCGGAAGAUGGAACAGCUGGAGGUUUUGGAAGAAGAGAAGAGAUUUCAUGAUAAGACUAUGGAAUUUCUCCAAAAUCAACACGAGCUUGAACAGGAGCUGCACAUGUUGAAGGAAAAAACUCAGCAGAUACAGCAGGAAAACCGGGAGAAGUUUAAUACCUUAGGCUGCAAAAAAACUCUGCAAACGGACAGACUGAUGGAGAUGAAGAGGAAGUUCAGGGAAAUGGAGCAGGUGGUGAAAGAAUACAGAGAGGAGCAAGAGAUUUUAUGCCAAAAGGAAGCUGAGGACCGAGCUGCGAUCAAGAUCCAAACCUGGUGGAGAGGCUGCAUGGUCCGCCUAGGCCUCAGUGCUUCCAGUAGAGAAAGAGAGAGCAAGAAAAGCAAGAAGACCAAAGGGAAGAAGACCAAAGGGAAGUAGAAGAAGGAGACAUUGCCUGUUAACAAAUCAGGCAAAAAUUAGAAGAAAAAAAACUAUUAACAUUCUACGUGGAAUCUAAGAAAACAGCAAAGUUACUCUGAAAAUCUUUUUGUUUAAGAAGUUUCCUUUCUAAUUUGUUGGGUUUUUUUUUUCAAACA